AAACUGUUCCAUCUUCAAAACAACCUCCUCCCUCUUGACAUGUCCCUCCCUUUCACUCCCUCUCUCUUUUCCUCACACCCUUCCUUCUCAGAAAACAUUUCUAAGAGUGAACAUGAUGUUUGUGGCUUAAACACGACAGUCUGCCUCUUAUGAAGUCUAUGUUGACAGCAUCAUCCGAUAACUGCAACAGUUCACCCAACGGAGGAGGAAUAUACAGAACAACAAUCUACAGCAGUUGGAGGCUCUGAGCUGAGGCAGGGAGCGGAGGAAGCAGCAAAGAAGAGGAGACGAGACAAGAAGAGUGAAGGAAGAAGAGAGCAACAGCAAAGCCAGGCAGACGGAGAGACCCCGCUCAGUCAUGCGUCCCAGGUCCAGAUUACAGGCUAAACGCGGCCUUCCCACCAUCAGGGAGGGCUAUGAGGAACUGGUGCAGGACCUGAACCAGACCAACAGCCAGCACACCACCACACAGGACUACUUACUUUCUAUCUGCCAUCUGGCCCGGCCCACCUUUCCUCUGCAUGAGCCGGAUUGUGACAUCCUCUCCAUCGGCCCUUUGGAUUCUCCAAAGCCCUGCCUACGACUCCUACGCCUGCGUCAGCAUCUGCAGUCUCCGCAGCCCCCGCAGUCCCACACCUCCACAAGCAGUGACAAAACAGUUGAACAACCCCAUAAAGAGAAAGAGACCACCAGGUUUUCUCCGUCAGAACCGCUGCAGGCCCAGGCUGCCCCCGAGGACAACGGAUGCAGAGGUGACAUCCCAGGCCCCGCUGAUCCUCUGGAGUACCUCUACAGCCACAGAGGUGCGCUAGCGCUCCCCAGCAGAAGGGGCAGCAUUCCCCCACGCAGGCCACGCAGUGACACCUUCCCAUGCUGUUCCUCUGCGCCUGAUGUCCAGAGGAAAAGCAGCUGUCCAGAGCUUUGUCUGCCUGAAAUGGUCCCUGCGGCGAUGGUCCUGCAGCGGUCUCCACUCAGCAGGAAGAAGCUGGAUGAAGGCAACCUGGCUGCACGGAGUGGGACUCCCAACAAGCUUGAUGGCACCCCUGCUGGUUGGAGGGGAAAGAGCAGUCGUUGCAUGGACAAACAGACUAUAGUGUCCCACUGGAUCUCAGAGUGCCGCAGCGCAUGGAAGGAAGCCCGCAUUCGCGCAUGCAUGCUGCCCGCCAUUGCUGAGAAGUAAUCUACAGCUGCGAAAAUCUCUUUCCAGAGAGGUUGAAUAUCACAUAGAGUAACAUGGAUUAUUGUGAAAUUAUGACUUUGCACUUCAGGUUUAUAUGCAUAUAAUUUUUUUGAUGUAUCUUUAAACUUGUGACCCUAUAGAUGGUGCUGUGUCAAUACCAAAUGUCAAUGAUGAAUGAGUCCGUCCUGUAAUGUCCAGUUGUGAUCAAUAAAUGUAUUGAUUG